AUGUGUUCAUUCGUGAGAGUGGGGUCCCCUAAAGCUUUGCAAACUUCCCUAGAGCCAAAUACAGCUUCCCCGUUAAAGAUGAAUUCCCUGGGAAGGAUGAGGACACCAGAAAUCAUGGAGGUUGGACUCACCCAGGAAAAAAAGGACGACUUAAUAGAUAGGGCACUUGGGGAUUCAAAAUCUUCCACAGACCUGGGGCUUGGAAUGAGACUAGGACAAAACCCAAGGUGGAGGGAGAGGAUGGCAUCACCAGAAACAAAAUCGCCGCCUUGCCAUGCUCUUGGAGUAGGAUUGGAAAGACGUAAUCUUUCUAGAACACCUAUGGAGCCGGAUAAUUUAGGACGCCAGAGGGGCUCCCCUUUCCAGGGACCAAAACCUCUGGGUGUGUUACCAGGAAGAGUGGAGUCAGAAAAGGAGGGCCUUCUGCCUCGGUUUCCCUACGGAGGGACACUUCAGCCUCCUUUGGGUACAGAGUUUGCAAGUCCACAGGCGGCGGGAAGCACAGGGAGGCCUGUCACCUGUGGACCUGCAAGGACGGAGGCUAUAGCAGAAAAGCAGCCUGUUGUGGGUUUGGAAUUCAGAAAAGGACUGGAAAAAGAGCCCAGCUGUGUUGUGGUGAACCCCUAUGCAGAGAAGCCCUCGGAGAAGGUAGACAUUGGGUUGCCACAAACCCAGGAACCAGGUGAAUCCAAGAAUGCAGAGCCUCAAAUAGGCUUAGUAACAGAACCUUGUGAGUGCCCCUUUGCCCAACAACCUGAGGAGGAAAAGGAGCCCACUGCCAUGGAACCUGGAGUGGAGGCUCCAGCACACAUCAGACCCAUAUAUUCUGGAAAAUUCUUUGACCGGAUGCCUUGCUUGCCAAGUGCAGGAAAAGUUAAGCCAGUUGGAUACAGAGUUGCAACCUGUUUGACGGAAAAACUUCCCAGGCUUACUACUCCCCCAGAAGCAAAGAAAUAUUUCAAUUUCAGAUAUCCACCUCCUGGAGAAGGAAGAGUAUUUUAUGGCAGAGCAAAUGAUCCCCAAAUUGCACCUUAUUUGACACAUGGAAUAAGAACUAAAUUUUCAAUACCGGUGAGCACAUUGGUAAACCCACAGCCCAUUACCACAUUUCAACAGAAAAUUAAAGACAAAAAAGAAUCUAUAUAUUUUAGCAAUCAACGGGCACCACUGGGAAAAUCUCAUGAUCAAACACCAGGAUUGCCUAAAGGAAUGGAUAUAAUCAACACGACAUUUGGGUCACCAAUUAUCAGAGAGCUGUCUGCUAGUGGCAUUGUGAAUCCACCAAAAGCCUUCGAAGAUGUGUUUAAAGAAGGACAAGAAGGACAUGAUUUGUACAUUGUCUCUCACCAUGAUUAUUUUGCAGGAAUUGGAGAGUUGGAUCAGUGGUUGAAAGUGUACUCUGCUCUUGCAGAGGGCCAGAUUUUGGUUCACAGAACCCAUAUUGGGCAGUUCUUACCCACUUAUAACUCAGGUUCCAAUGGGAUCCAACACUCCUUUCUGGCCUCCAGCAUCCGUAGGAGAGCAAUGCUUGCAGCCAGCUUUCCCAACUCUCAAGGAAGACCUGGCUUUACUCUGCUUUCUGCCAUCUUUAGGGAGUAUGCAGCUGGGCAUCUAACUGCCUACUCUUCUGCCAGUGUUGUUCCUAUUGUUAGCAGCCACAAAGGCAAAGUCUCAUUCUUUGCUAGGAAACGAGGAGCUAAAAUUACAUCCCAAAGGGUUGAUGACUUCAAGGAAAAGUUUCAACACAAACUUGGAAGAGUUUUAGACCCAAUUGCAGAAACUAUGAAUGUUGACCCAGGCCACACAUUUGGAGCUUGCCUUAAGCCUGAGGACUAUGGAGCUGGUGAUCUCAUCCAUUACAGACGCCCUGGUGAAUAUCUUCGUGGCAAAGACCGCCAGCGAGCCGUGAUUGCCGCUGCUCGUCAUCACUUGAAGAAAUUUAAUUACCAGCACUUUAACACUUUGCUGUCGGCUUUCAGGCACUAUGACAAGAAAGGAGAUGGGAUGAUUGACAGAGAAGAACUGCAUGAAGCUUGUGAUCAGGCAAACCUGCAUCUAGACAAGGUGCUCCUGGACCAGCUGUUUGAUUACUGUGAUGUGGAUCAGGAUGGCCUGAUUAGCUAUCUGGAAUUUGCCAACUUCCUUAACUGGAAAGACAAAGUACCUCUCACAGAGUAUGAGAAGAGGGUCAUUAUUAAAGGUACUAAACCAGACUGUGAAAACAUUACUGAGACCAGCAUGGGAGAGGCUGAACCAACCCUUCUGAUACGGCCUGAAGAUAUUGUCCCAAAGGAACCAGGAAGUUCUGAAGAGACUCUCCGGGUACUCCUGAGACCAAGUGACAAAGUUUCAAAACACUACAAGACAACUUCUUCUGAGAUCAGUGCAACUGUUGGAGCUGUUCCUUCUAUAUGUUAUCCCAUAUAUGGCGUUCCGACCGUUCGAUCUGACAUUCCUGCUCCUCGGAUUCGUCGAAUCAGUGACAGAAAUAACUAUGGUGAGGACGGCAAUGCUUACUCCCUGCUGCAUCCCUCCAUCUUCUCCCAGAAAGGCGUGUUUGAGAGGGACUUCUUCAAGGCCAGAUCAAAGGAAGAGAUUUCAAAUAUAUUAACUAACAUUGGAGUCAAGCUUUCUGAUGAAGAAUUUGAAAAUGUAUGGAACCUCGCAUCAAAAAAACACCACAGAGGAGAAGUUUGUGUUGAGACCAUCAGAAAUGUUCUAGAUGAGCUGCAGCAUGCAGGCCUAGUCAAGUGUAAAACGGUCAUGUGA